UGCCCUUUCUUUUCCGAGCUUCCCACUCUCUUUUACCCGGGAAGCUCUCGUUCUUUCUCGGAAGAGAUUUGUUUUAGGGUGGUUUGGUGGGUUCUCUCUGAGUCUUUCCUGCGUUCAGAUCUAAUCGGAAUCGGGAAGAUAUGUGAGGUCCGCUUCUGGGUUUCCGCCCGUCGCCAUUUCCUCUCGAGCCUCGCGCGGUUUUAAGCGUUUAGAUCUGGGGUUUUCUUUUUUGAGUUGGGUAGGUUUCGAUUCGGUUCGCAGGUUGUAGCUUGACCUCUCCGUGCAUUUUUUUUUGUGUGUCUCCGAGCUAUUUGCUCCUUUUCGGUUGGUGGGUCGUGUUCGAAUUAGGUUGUUUUUUCGUUAGGGUUUCUUGUUCUGUUUUUUUUUGGCCUCUCCAACGAGAGGGAUGGAUUGAGGGUGCUCAUUUUGCUUGGAAAGUUGGGGAUUUUUUUAUUUUAUUUUUCCUCCCUGGGAAGGUCGUGGGAAUUGGGAUUUGACUGUUGGGAAAGGGAAGAUGAAUUAUUUUCCGGAUGAAGUCAUGGAGCACGUGUUCGACUUCGUGACGUCGAACUUAGACCGCAACGCGAUCUCCUUGGUGUGUAAAUCGUGGUAUAGGAUCGAGAGGUUUAGCAGGCGGAGAGUGUUCAUCGGGAAUUGCUACGCGAUAAGUCCCGAGAGAUUGAUCGCGAGGUUUCCAGGGGUGAAAUCGCUCACUCUGAAGGGAAAACCCCAUUUCGCUGACUUCAAUCUAGUGCCGCAUGACUGGGGAGGGUUCGUGUACCCUUGGAUCGAGGCAUUGGCUAGGAGUAGGGUUAAUUUGGAGGAGCUCAGGUUGAAGAGGAUGUUGGUUACAGAUGAUGGUCUUGAGCUGAUUUCAAGAUCGUUUGUAAAUUUCAAGUCUUUGGUUCUUGUUAGCUGCGAAGGGUUCACGACUGAUGGCCUUGCAGCUAUAGCGGCCAACUGUAGGUUUCUUAGGGAGCUGGACUUGCAAGAAAAUGAAGUUGACGAUCAUAGAGGCCAGUGGCUAAACUGCUUUCCUGAAAGCUGCACCUCUCUUGUCUCCCUAAAUUUUGCAUGCUUGAAAGGAGAUAUAAAUUCAGCAGCGCUUGAGAGGCUUGUGGCAAGAUCUCCAAAUCUCAAGAGCUUGAGGCUAAGCCGUGCUGUCCCUCUUGACACGCUGCAGAAGAUCCUUGUCCGAGCACCUCAGUUGGUGGACUUAGGCGUGGGCUCUUUUUCCCAUGACCCAGAUUCUGAAACCUACAACAAGUUGUUAACAACAAUUGAAAAAUGCAAAUCUAUGAGGAGCUUAUCCGGAUUCUUGGAGGUUGCUGCUUACUGCCUACCAGCUAUUCAUCCCAUAUGUUCAAGCCUGACCUCCUUGAAUCUGAGUUAUGCUCCAGGGAUCCCUGGAAGUGAGCUAACUAAGUUAAUCCGUCGUUGCAGAAAACUUCAGCGCUUAUGGAUACUCGACUGCAUAGGAGAUAAAGGACUAGGAGUCGUGGCUUCAAGCUGCAGAGAACUACAGGAAUUGAGGGUUUUUCCAUCUGAUCCUUAUGGAGUUGGAAAUGCUGCAGUGACCGAAGAAGGCUUGGUUGCUAUUUCCAGAGGUUGUCCAAAGCUUAACUCAUUGCUAUACUUCUGCCAGCAGAUGACAAAUGCUGCCCUGAAAAUUGUAGCCCAGAACUGCCCUAAUUUCAUUCGGUUCCGGUUGUGCACCCUCGACCCCGUAAAACCGGAUUCUUCAACCAAUCAGCCUCUUGAUGAAGGAUUCGGGGCUAUUGUUCAGUCAUGCAAGGGUCUCAGGCGCUUGUCACUUUCUGGCCUUCUUACUGACCAGGUCUUCAAUUAUAUCGGCAUGUUCGCCGAACAGCUUGAGAUGCUUUCUAUUGCAUUUGCUGGGAACAGUGACAAGGGAAUGCUUUAUGUGUUAAAUGGGUGCAAGAAGAUUCGGAAAUUGGAAAUCAGGGACAGCCCCUUUGGUAACAUCGCACUUCUGAGGGACGUGGGAAAGUAUGAAACAAUGCGAUCCCUUUGGAUGUCGUCCUGCGAUGUUACCCUUGGAGGCUGCAAAACCCUAGCAAAGAAGAUGCCGAGGCUGAACGUGGAGAUUAUCAAUGAAAUCGAUGAGAUGGAGGCUUGCAAUGACGAUGGGCAGAAAGUAGAAAAGAUGUACCUUUACCGAACCUUGGUGGGGCCGAGGAAGGAUGCACCAAACUAUGUUUGGACAUUGUAGGGAUCACUCGAGGUGCAUUGUUGUGGCUCUGCCUCGAAAUCUCCUGUUGUAUCAUCAUUGUACCUCAUUUAGGUUCGUAAUUUGUGGAUUUUUAGUUGUAUGGUGAUUUUUUAUUUUAUUCAGAAGAGAUGCUAUUGUGCUUCUA